UCUCGAAGAUGAGUUAUAGCAUGGAAUAUCUCACGAGCUCUCCACACAGGAGUGCACAAAGUGACUUCCUUCGAUUUCAUCCUAAAAACCUCGGAUCGUCCUCUGCAGGGAUACUGUUUUCCAGGAGCCCCCUCAGCACUGGGUCGUCUGCGUCAUUCAAACAGAACAGCCUGAUGCUUAAAAAAGAGUACAGGUCUUCUGUUCUCAGAUCCACGGAUAGCACAGACCUUGUAAACCAAUUUAAAUUGCCGAAUAUAAACGAGAAGCAGCUUCUGCAGGGGCUUAACGAUCGCUUUGCAGGCUUUAUCGAAAAGGUUCGUCAUCUUGAAAGCCAGAACAACAUUUUGGAAAAUGAGAUUCAGGAACUGAGGCAAAAGCAAGUUUCCCUGUCCUCGCUGUCUGAAGUUUUCGAUCCUGAAAUCAAAGAUCUAAGAGAGCUUGUCAGUAAUAUUACCUCUCAAAAGGCUCAGAUUGAGCUCGAGCAUCAUCAUUUGGAGGAAGAUAUUCACCUUUUGAGGGGGAGAUAUGAAGAGGAAGCUCGCAGUAGAUCAGACACUGAGGCCAGCAUUAUGACAGUGAAGAAAGAUAUUAAUGACGCACACCUCUCCAGACUGGAACUGGACAAAAAAGCACACUCUCUGAUGGAAGAAAUGCUUUUCUUAAAGAAAAAACACCAAGAAGAGGUAUCGGAAAUGAUGGCCCAAAUCGGCGAUGCGCAAGUUACUGUUGAUAUGAAAGAUUAUGGAAAGUCAGACAUUACUGCGGCUUUGAGGGAAAUCAGAAGCCAGCUUGAAGGGCACACCAGUACCAACAUGCAACAAGCAGAGGAAUGUUUCAGGACCAGGGUAGCUAAGCUGACAAAAGCUGCUGAAGUGAAUAAUGAAGCUCUCCAAGUCAGAAGAAAACACAUCCAUGAGCACAGACGCCAACUGCAGUCAAAAACCAUAGAGCUGGAAACAGUUAAAAGCACGAGAGAAUCUUUAGAGAAGCAAAUCGGUGCGCUUGAAGAGAGGCACGAUGCGGAAAUCAGUCAUUACCAGAAUGCUAUCCAACAGCUGGAGCAUGAGCUUAAACACACACAGUAUGAUAUGGCUGGUCAUUUGAGGGGGUACCAGGAUCUUCUGAAUGUCAAACUGGCCCUAGACGUAGAGAUUGCUUCCUACAGGAAACUUUUGGAAGGUGAGGAAACAAGAUUGACUUCAGUUGCUGCAGGCCAUGUUCCAGCACCACAUGAGUACAGACAAUCCUCUAUCUACACUCUGCCAAGUUUCACUAGGGAGAAAACUGCCACUAAGAAGGUGGAGCCACAAUACAAGUUUGUUGAGGAGAUCAUCACAGAAACAACCAAAGAAGUGGAGAUUGACAACACCUAUACAGAGGAAAUAAUGAGUGAAGAAGAAAGGAUGGAAAAGGAGAGUCCAGAGGAUAAGGUGGAAACAACAACUGACAUUAGAGAGGCUCAAGAGGAUGCACAGGAAGUGGACACUGUAGAAGCAGAGAAACACAAAGAAGAUGAACAAGAAGAGACCUCAGCUAAACCUGGGUAUGAGGAGGAAACUGCAGUUAAAAAAGGUGACAUAGAUGCAGUUGAAGCUGAAGUUACAUCUGAAGCGGUAGAAGAGAAAGAAACGUCCCAAGAUGAUAUGAGUGAUGCAGAAGACACCAAGGAGAAGAAAGAAGUAAAAGAAGAGAGCACUGAUAAAAUACAAGCCUUUGAGGGUGUGAAGAAAACUAUUGUGGAAGAAAUCACAAAGGAACUUACAGAUGUAGCAGAAACAGAAACAGAAGAUGAACCUUUCGGAGAACCAAAAUCACUACCCAGUGAAAUGACACCAGAAAUAGAUGAAAGUGAAGAGCCAAAAAAAGAACAGACUUCAGAUGACAAAACCAAAGAAAAACAUGUAGAAAAAACAGAAGACCACAAAGAGUUGCGUUCUAUAACAAAGAAAGAAGAUAAACCUCAAGAGAAAAAUGUCACUGCAGAGAAGGAGGAAAUUAAGCCAGAAGAGAAAAGCCCUCUUGAGGAAAAGACAGCAGAGACAGUAAUCCAUGAACACACCGAGGAACAUGAUACCAUGAAACCGAAGGAGAUGGCCAGUCCAUCGGAAUCAGAAGAACCUGACAAAACUGAAGAUAAAAUAACCACAGAUGUCAAAGUGGAUUCCAAGGAUAUUCUGAAAGAGGAGGUGGUGAGCCAGUCAAAAUCAGAAGAGGGUGCUUCAGAACCUGAAAAAACUGAAGAGAAAGCAACCACAGAUAUUGAAGCAGCACAAGAAGACAUUCCAAAAGAAGAUCCUGUAUGUGAAUUAAAAUCAGUAGAAGAAGAAAAGGUUUCAAAACCUGAGAAGAUUGAAGAGAAAAGAACCCCAGAUAUUGAAGCAGCACAAGAAGACAUUCCAAAAGAGGAGACUGUGUGUGAAUUAAAAUCAGAAGAACAGUAUUCAGAACCUAACAAAACUGAAGCUAAAACAACCACAUAUGUCAAAGUGGAAUCCAAUGAUAUUCGGAAAGAGGAGGUGAGCCAAUCAAAAUCAGAAGAAGAGGAUGCUUCAGAAUCUGAGAAGACUGAAGAGAAAGCAACAUCAGAUAUUGAAGCACCACAAGAAGACAAUCCAGAAGAGGAGACUGUUCACAAAUUAAAAUCAGAAGAAGUCUAUUUAAAAUCUGAGAAGACUAUAGAUGUUACCCAGACAAAAUCUGAAGAAAAGGAUGAUUCAAAACCACACACACCUGAAGAGAAAGUACAGGCAGGUAUUAAGGUGGAACUGAAAGACCUUCAGAAAGAGAUGAUGAGCCAGUUGCAAUCAGAAGAUGUUGCUUCGAAGCCUGGCAAGCCUGAAGAGAAAACAAUCCCCGAUAUCAAACCAGAAGAAUUAAAGUCCACAGAAGAGGACACUUUAAAAUCUGAAAAAACUGAAAAGAAAGUAUUCACAGACAUCAAAGUGGAAGUUAAAGACCUCCCAAAAAUGGAGACAGUAAGCCAAUUGAUGCUUGAAGAUGUGAUGAAGUCUGUCAAACAUGAAGAGAAAGAAUCAACAGACAUCAAAGUAGAAGUCAAAGAUCUUCAGAAAGAGGAGACUGUGAGCCUGGAGAAAUCAGAAGAAAAUGUUUCUCUGAAGUCUGACAAACCUAAAGAGAAAGCAACAACAGAAAUCAAAGUAGAAACCAAGGACAUUCAAAAAGAGGAGAUGGUAAAUGAAGUGAAAUCAGUAGAUGUUGCUUUGACAUCUGACAGAGCCAAAGAGAAAGCAACCCUAGAUGAUGAAGAGUUUAAAACAGACAAAGUUCUAGAGGAAGAGAAAGAAGCAGAUUCAGAGGAAUAUCAAAAGCCUGAAUUAGCACUGUCUCCAAAAGAGGAAAAGAAAGAGGACAGCAUUUCAGUACGAAGUGAAAGAAUAGAUGAAACACUUUCCAAGAAAGACUAUCAAUCUACAGCGGACACAGAGGGGGCAAGACAAUUAAAAUCUGUGCUGAAGGAGAGCACAGAAACUCACACUGACUUGGAAACAAAACCACAAGAGAUGUCUCCAGAAAAGGCGAAACCUGCUGACAGCUCUGAAAUGGAAAAGACAGAGGACUUAAAGGAGACACAGUUGAUUCCACAAAAAAAGAAAGUACAAGAAUGUCCAGAGAGCCCAGAUACUGAAGCAGAUGAAAAGAUCAGUAAUUCCAAAGAAGAGAAAACAUUGAAGGAGGAAAGACUGUCUCCAAAGGAAACCUCUGUAAAAGAGAACAAACUCUUGAUAGAUGACGUGGAGGAAAAGAUAGAGCCAGAGAAAAAGGUGACAGAAGGAAAAGUCACACCCAGAACACAAGAGAAUGGUCAUGAUGAAAGUGAAAACUUCAGCAAGGAGGAGACAAUCGACACAGAGGAGACAAAAGUGCCUGCAAAGGAGAGUCAGGUAGACAAGACAAAAGCAACACAAGAAGAACUCAAAACCUCAAAAAAAUGAUGCAAUGCAAGAUAUUGACAACAAAAAGUAAUAUGAAAAAAAAAACACUUAAAGAUAGAACUUAAAAAUGCAUGUGACAAGCUAUUCGUUCAGGGUAUAAACAAUGUGGCAAAAUGUAUGUAUGUGUUAAAGAAAAAAAAAAAAGUCUUCCAAAAACGAUUUAAAAAGUAAAAUUCUUAAUGCAUGAAAUUGUAUAAUGUACUGAACAGACAAUUAAGCUUGCUAGAUUUGAAUGUACGGUUCUAUGUAGUUAAAUUUGAACUUUAAAUGAGUCUUAAAUAGGCUGUCAAGCUUUGCAAAUUUGAAUGAAUGGAGCUAUGUAAUUAAAUUUGAAUGAGUUCUAGCUCUGAAUUGACUGUCUGAAAAACUUAAGUGUAGCAA